GGGGAAGAUAUGGCGAAAAAUGAAUGGCAGAUUAGUGCGUUUUAUCGCCAAUGCCUUCUCCUUCAUUGCCUUGAUCUAUGAAGGAUGUAACCAAGGUGUAAUGGGCACAGUUACUGCCAACCCCGACUUUAUCAAUAUCCAUAAUCUGGGUGCAGAUGGGCGGAUCACAAAACCUAUCAAGCAAGGGGGUAUAAUUGCAAUCUACUACUUCGCCGCCAUGUUUGGAUGUUUCUUCGGCGGAUGGGUUGGGGAUAAGAUUGGCCGUAGACGAGGAGUUCUCAUCGGCAGCCUUUGGUGUUUGCUCGGUGGUGCCCUUCAAGCUGGAAGCCACAACGACAAAAUGUUCAUCUGUGCCCGUGUAAUAUCUGGCAUCGGAAUUGGUUUUAUUAACUCAACUAUACCGUCCUGGGUUUCCGAGCUGGCAGAGUCUCACAGUCGUGGUUUCACCUUCUCCAUCGUCUUUUCGGCCAACUACCUGGGACUUGCGCUGAUCAACUGGAUCUUGUACGGUGUUCGAAACGACCCUGGGGGGUUUGCAUGGAGAUUCCCCCUGGCAUGUGUCUGUUUCCCAUCCAUCUUCAUUAUGUUCACUGUCUGGUUCGUACCUGAGUCCCCUAGAUGGCUCGUAGGGAAUGGGCAGGAAGACGAGGCACGAGAGAUUCUUAGCAAGAUUCGUGGAGAUCUUCCCCUUGACCAUCCUGACCUUGAAGGCGAGAUGGCUCAGCUCAUUGCUACUGUUGAAGCUGCCAAUCACAAACGGAACCGUCUGUACAAUAUCAUGCUAGGAGGUCGUCAUUCUGGUGCCUUACACCUUGGUCGUCGCGCAGUCCUUGCCUGCGCAGCCCUCAUGAUGAUGAUGUACACUGGUAUCAUGGCAGUUUCAACAUACUCAGCUGCUCUAUUUGCUGCUUCGGGUGCAUCCCCAUCAAAGAUCGGCUGGAUGUCUGGGCUUGUCCAAACAAUGGGGUUUGUCGGAACACUUGCAGCCGCCCCAGUUGUCGACCGUUUCGGACGCCGUGUUACUCUCUACAUGGGCCUUGCCAUGCAGCUCAUUGUUCUCUUCCUCGCUGCUGCUUUCUCAAAGAUCAGUGGUGAGAGAACAGGCUCUUCCUCCGAGUCAUAUGGAGCCGCAGCUUCUGCGAUGGUAUUCUUGUAUGUGUUCUUCUUCUGUCAGACCACUCUCGUGGUUUGCUGGAUCUACCCUACGGAAAUCUGGCCGCAGGAGAUACGUGCCAAGGGAAAUGCUUUUGGGAUCCUUGGCUGGGCUAUGGGUGCCGGCUCCACAACUCUGGCUAUCCCAACCAUGUUCGAAACGUUGGGUUGGCAGACCUUUUUGGUCUUCGCCUGCUUAAACGCUGCCUGUCUGCCAUUGACGUACUUCUUCUUACCAGAGACAGCCAAUCGCUCCCUUGAGGAGAUCAACUUGUUGUUCACUCUCAAAAACCCACUCGUCUCGAAGAAUGAGGCUGCAUAUAGAAAGAGGAUUGAAGAGGCUGGUGGCAAUGUCGCUGUUGCUGAGCGUCGCCUGCUUGACAGUGUCAACGACCAAUAUAGUGAGAAAGGAAGCAGCCAGGGCAGUCCUGAGUCAGGGGAGCCGGCCACUGAGAUUUUUGAUGUGGAUGAUAACAGUGAGAAGGCUUAGGCAGUCACUCAGGAAUAGUGAGUACAUAAAACAGUCAGCUUGAGGCUGUGGUCGGAGUCGUCUUUACAUGUAUGACAGGUUGUGCUUAGGAAAUUUAAGUUGUUUUUUACACCUCG